AUGAGAUUCAAUCAUCUUCUUUCUUGCUUAUUAUCACUUUCAGCGACAGCUUGGGCAAAGUUCGAAGAUACUACCCCACCAAUUGAAAUUGUCGGUAACAAAUUCUUCUACUCCAACAAUGGAUCACAAUUUCUCAUGCGUGGUAUUGCAUAUCAAGAGGAUACAUCUUUGCUUGCUGAUUCAAACCUCACUUACAAGGACCCUUUGGCUGACAUUGACUCUUGUAGACGAGACGUUGAACAUUUCAAAGCUCUAAAUACCAACUGUUUGAGAGUUUACGCCAUUGACCCACAAUUGGACCAUGACGAGUGUAUGCAACUUUUAAGUGAAGCGGGGAUUUACGUGAUUGCUGAUUUGUCACAACCACAAACUUCAAUAAACCGUAAUGAUCCUCUGUGGGAUUUGGACCAUUAUGAGAGAUACACCGAGGUUAUCAAUAAGUUGAGUGAGUACUCCAACGUGUUGGGAUUCUUUGCUGGUAAUGAGGUCACCAAUAACAGGUCAAAUACCGGCGCUUCGCCAUUUGUUAAAGCAGCAGUUCGCGAUAUGAAAAAGUAUAUUGAUGAUUCCGAUGGAAUGAGAAAGAUUCCCGUUGGAUACAGUUCAAACGAUGACGAAGACACAAGAAUUGCCAUUGCCGAUUACUUUGCAUGUGGAUCGGUUGAAGAAAGGGCCGACUUCUUUGGUAUCAAUAUGUAUGAAUGGUGCGGUAACGCAACCUAUACCACCAGUGGAUACAGCGACAGAACUGCAGAUUUUGAACAUCUACCAGUGCCAAUUUUCUUUUCCGAAUAUGGAUGUAAUGAAAACAGACCAAGAUUAUUCACCGAAGUUCAAGCCUUGUAUUCACCAUUGAUGUCAAACGUUUGGUCCGGAGGUAUUGUGUACAUGUAUUUCGAAGAAGCUAACCAAUAUGGUUUGGUCUCCAUUAGUGGCUCAUCAGUCUCAAUCUUGGAUGAUUAUGAAUACUAUAGUUCGGAAAUUAACAACAUAAGCCCCAGCUAUGCUAGAGCCUCCAAUGAAAAUACUGCAACCCUGACCAUUACAUGCCCGGACACUGACAGCUCCACUUGGCAAGCUUCAGCAGACUUGCCACCUACUCCAGACAAGGACUUUUGUGAUUGUAUUGCCAAAUCAUUUGAAUGCGUGGUUGCUGAAGACGUUGAUGAAGAUGAUUACGGGGACCUUUAUGCAGAUGUAUGCGGCAGGAUUGACUGUUCUGACAUUAGCGUUGAUGGAACCUCUGGUGAUUAUGGUGAUUAUUCCUUCUGCUCGCAUCGUGACAAAUUAUCGUUUGUUUUGAACUUGUACUACCACGAUCAAAAUGAAAAUAGUAAUGCUUGUGACUUCAAUGGAAGUGCGUCAGUCAACAAUGACGCAAAAUCAACCUCAAGCUGUGGCGUUGGAUCGAGUAGAAGAGCACAAGGAACUGGAACAUCAACAAACAGCAAUUCCCAAUCAACCACAUCAGGAUCAAGGUCAAGCACCAACGAUGCAAAUAACAGCCACUCUCCAAACAUGUCCAAGCUCAAAUUGGUGUCUUAUGUCACUUUGGUUACGGCCAUUGUAGGUGGAGUUUCAUUUAUACUUUGA